AACUCACCCUUCAACCCUUCAUUUCACAUAGAACUCCCCAACUAAAAGUCUCCACAUUAUUAUAGAGCAACAACAAUAAUAAUAAUAUGGGUAACAGCUUAAGGUGUUGUUUGGCUUGCGUUCUUCCGUGUGGAGCCCUAGACUUGAUCCGCAUAGUGCACUUGAACGGGUACGUGGAAGAAAUCACGCGUCCAAUCACGGCGGGGGAAGUUCUUAAAGCGAAUCCAAACCAUGUCUUGAGCAAACCGACCUCCCAAGGCGUGGUUCGCCGGAUUCUGAUCCUCUCACCAGAUACCGAACUCAAGAGAGGGAGCAUAUACUUCUUGAUCCCGACAGCAUCGCUGCCGGAAAAAAAGAAAAGACGUUGCAGUGACGAUGGUGGUAAUGAUAAUGAUCAUCGUAAUAAGAAUGACCUUGUCAAAGUGUCUUCCAAGAAGAGCAUGAAGAGCAACCAUGAUUUGCCAUCAUCACAACAAUGUGAUAAUGAGGGCUUCGUACUUUCUAAGGAGAAGAAAUGCUCACGGCGGGAUCACCGGAGCCGUCGCGGCGGAUUGUGGCAGCCUCGGUUGGAGAGCAUCUCAGAAGACUAGUUUCUUUUUAUUCCGGCAGCCGGCGCCGGAAUCUGGCUUGCCGGUGGGGACUGGGAACCGAAGAUGGUUCAACAACACUUGAAAUUGUUAGAAUAUAACAUGACUUUUUUCUCCUUUUUUUAAAUGUAUGUGAGUAUCUAAAUUUGUGGACAUAGAUGAGUUACUCUGCCUUCUUGUAUGAUUUUGCGUUUUUUAUUUCGGGGUUGAAUUAAUCAA